CUCUAUACAUUUCUUCACCAGUCUUCUUCUUCUUCUUCCUCUUCCCCUCUAAACUCUCUCUAACCUUUAAGAAAACGUUAUCAAUGGCUGUUGAAGCUAGACACAUGAAUCUCUUCUCUUCUCAGUAUAUCACCAACAGAGAAUGUGUUAAAUCACAAAUGAACAACAACGGCGGCGGAGGUGGUUUUCCGGUAACAAUCGGUGAUCAGAACUUACAGUACCAAUUACAAAAUGAUCUCACAAAUUACAGUUUCAACCAAUCUACAAAACGCCAGAGAGACGCAACAACAACGUUCGAUAACACUCCAUCUGAAAUCGCGUCUCAGAAACGCAGAUCGAUCUCCGAGUUUUCUCCGUCGUCACUGAUCGACGCGGAGCUCGUCUCUCAGAUCCAACAGCAAAAUUCGGAGAUCGACAGGUUCGUCGCGCAGCAAACGGAAACGCUGAGGAUCGAGUUGGAAGCGAGACAGAGAACGCAAACGCGGAUGUUAGCGUCCGCGGUACAAAACGCGAUUUUAAAAAACUUGAAAGCCAAAGACGAAGAGAUCGUAAGAGUUGGGAAGCUAAACUGGGUUUUACAAGAACGCGUGAAGAGUCUCUACGUUGAGAAUCAGAUCUGGCGUGAUUUGGCUCAGACUAAUGAAGCUACUGCUAAUAAUCUCAGAUCAAAUCUUGAACAAGUUCUUGCUCAAGUCGAUGAUUUGGAUUUGGCUCGUCGUCCUUUGGUGGUGGCUGAAGAUGACGCUGAGUCCAGCUGUGGAAGCUGCUGCGACGGAGAGAAGAAUGUAACGGUAACGGAAACGGUUGUUAACGGAGGGUGUAGACGGUGCGGUGAAUUAACGGCGAGUGUGUUGGUGUUGCCUUGUCGUCAUUUGUGUUUGUGUACGGUUUGUGGAUCGUCGGCGUUGUUACAAAAGUGUCCUGUUUGUGAUAUGGUCAUGAAUGCUAGUGUACAUGUUAACAUGUCAUCAUGACCAUUUUUUUAUUUUAUUUUAUUUGUUUAAUUUUUUAAGUUUUUUUUUUUAAGUUUUAAACUUAAGGAUUAAAGAGUAAAAAUAGGAUAAAAAGAAAGAAAUAUGACUCUUUUUGACUUUUUUUUAAAAAUAUUGAUUUGAUUCA